AUGCAUUUAAGGUCUCAGCCAGCACCACGCAGCCGCAGCAGGAGCCGCGGGACGCCUUUCUGCAGCAGCAGCAGCAGCAGCAGCAGUAACAGCAGCAGCAGCAGCAGCAGCAGCACACGCAACGCACUCACAUCAGGAUCACGUCACAACUCGUCUCGAGGGCAAGGGAAAAGCCUCAAGCUCUGGGGCCCCCAAGCCAGGCAGCAGCAGCGACAGCAGCAGCAGCAGCAGCGACAGCAGCAGCAACAGCUGCAACAACAGCAGCAGCAGCACAUUCAAGGCCAAUCGCGGUGCUCUGCUGCUGAGGGGUGGAGGAGAGAUAGAGCAGGGAAUGCUAAUCUGCUUGCAGCCCCUGCUGCUGCUGCACGUGCUGCUGCUCCGGCGGCGGCUGCUGCUGCUGGGCGAUCCGCUGCUGCUGCUGCUGCUGCACCAGCAGCAGCAGGUAUUGUAAAAGAGAUGCUGCCUUUGCUGCACUGGGGUCCCCCAGAAGAAGCAGCAGAAGGAGAUGGGGCCCCUAUGCAGACGGCGAGGGAGGGCUUCAAUGAGUCAGAGCCACACUGGCAGCAGAACUACGAGCAGCAGCAGCAGCAGCAGCAGCACAUGACGCGGAUGCAGCAGCAAGAUCUGCUGCAGCAGCAACAGCUGAUGCAAUCUGCUAUAGAUACACCCCACGAAUUUUUUUCUCCUCAGUCUUCCAGGUCCCCCUCUGAGCGAAGCCUUGACCCAGUGGAUGAAGGUCAGGAGCUGCAGCUGCUGCAGCAGCAGCAGCUGCAGCAGCACCAGCAGCAGCAGCAACAGCUGCAGCAGCAGCAGUUGCUGCUGCAGGGACACGUACAAUCCCCCCCGUUUAGUGCCUACAACCCUCAGGGCUGCAGCACGUACUCUGCUGUUCCUCAACAGCAGCAGCUGCAGCUGCACCAGCAGCAGCAACGGCAGCAACAGCAGCAGCAGCAGCAGCAACAGCAACAACAGCAGCAUGCAACAGCGCGCCAUGCUGGUAGCGACCCUUUUUGGCUACAGGAGGUAGCAGAUCGGCUGCUACAGUACCAGCAUCAAGAGCAGAUGCAGCAGCAAGAGCAGCGGCAGCUGCAGCAGCAGCAGCAGCUGCAGCAGCUAGAGCUGGACCAGCAGCUGCAGCAGCAGCAGCAGCAGCAGCAGCAGCAAGAGCAGCUUCGGCCCCAAUGGCCCCUUGAAGAGCAGCAGCAGAUGCAGCAGGAUCCUCAGAUACAGAAUAUUUCGUGGGAGCAGCAGCAGCAGCAGGAGCUGCGUCAGCAGCAGCAGCUGCAACAGCAGCAGCUGCUACUGCAGCACGGCACAGCAGCACGCCUUCAGCACGCUGCUGCGUCCUUUGCUAGGCUUCCUAGAAACACGAGAGACAUGUCCCUUCAGCGCCAGCAGCAGCAGCAGCAACAGCAGCAGGAAGAGCUCCACCAGCAGCAGCAGCAGUUGAUACGGCAGCAACAGUCAGAGGAGCAGCAGCUGAGGCAGCAGCAACUCCAUUGGGAUCAGCAGCAACUACAGCGGCAGCAGCAGCAGCAACAAGCGUUGCAGCAGCAGCAGCAGCAGCGCCAGCAGGCGCAGUACCAGCAGCAGCAACAGCAGCAGCAGCAGCAGCAGCGGCCAAAGAUGCCGCAGCGACAGCCCAGCGCAAGGCAACGGGAUCCGUCUCCCUGUGCAGCACUGGCGUUGAGGACCCAGCAGCAGCAGCAGCGGCAGCAGCAGCAGCAGCAGCAACGGAAGGCUUUGGCUGGUUCAAAAGAAUCCGUAGCUGCCGCCGCUGCAGCAGCAACAGUAGGAGCAACGACAGCAGCAGCACAAGCAGCAGCCACCAGCAGAGGCGUUGCUAGAGGGGCCCCAGCUGCUGCUGUUGCUGCUGCUGCUGCUGCUGCUGGUCGCCAGACGUCGAGGCCUCCUCUAGGGCUGCCCCGUGCAGCAACUCGAAGGGGCAGCGUUGCCUCCGCAGCAGCAGCGGCAACAGCAGCAGCAGGAACUGCUGCUGCUGCAGCAGGAGACACUGCAGCGGGUGUACGAAAGCUGCGCAGCACUUCAUCGGGGGCCCCUAGCAGCAAAUCGCCUGCUGGAAGACUAAACGCAAGGGGCCCCCCUCAGCAGCACAGCAGCAGCUCCCGCGUGGGGUGCCGUCUAGCGCGUAGCAGCAGCAUUAGCAGCAGCAGCAGCAGCAGCAGCAGCAGCACGCGCCCGUCUCGUCCUGCAGCAGCAGUAGCAGCAACAGCAGCAGCAGGGGGACCCCCUGGAGGCAGAGGGGCCCCCAGCGGCGUUCAGGGGCCCCCAGCUCAAUCUGCUGCACCUGCGCGUGCUGCGGAGGGUAAAAUCCCAAAUCAACAGCCACCAGAGCCUGCUGCUGCUGCUGCUGCUGCUGCUGCUGCUGCAGCUGCAGGUGCUACCAGAGAAGCUGCUGCGGAUGCAUGCCCUUGGGGACAGCAGCAGCAGCAGCUGCUGCAGCAGCAAACGCCGGUGCCUGCUGUUAGGAAUAUUUUCGGUGUCACCUGUCCUGAGGACAUGCUGCUGCAGCAGCAGCAGCAGCAGCAGGUGCAGCGGCAGCAGCAGCAGCAGCAACAGGUGCAACGGCGGCAGCAGCAGCAGCAAUUGUUAACGUUGCAGCAGCAACGCAAUCGAGAGCUGUGGAAGGAGCAGGAGAUGGCUCUUAGGUUGCUGCCGUUGGAGGAUGCAGCGCAGCAGCAAAUGCAGCAGCAGCAGCAGCAGCAGCAGCAUUUGCUGCUGCAGCAGCAGGAGCGCCCUUUGCUAAGUGCUGCAGGUGUAUCAUUCGUAGAAGAGUCGUUCAACAGCUUUGGGGCCCCCAAAAGCAGCAGCAGCAAGACGACAGAUAGGCGUUGCUGCUGGCCGGAGUACCCAGUUGCUGCUGCUGCUGCAGCAACUGAGGGCCCCCGCGAUAUGUGGGGGCUGAGGGGCCCCUUGGGGAGGCCCCCCUCUGCUGCACCUGCAGCAGCAGCAGCAGCAGCAGCAGCAGAACCCCUACCAGCUGUUCGCCGCGCCCUCCAAGCCACAGGGGCCUCAGCCUGGGGGCCCCUCCUUCAGGGGCCCCCAGGGGGGCCCCCCCCAGGACAUUCAGGGGGGACAGAUACACAUGCUGCUGCUGCAGUGCAGCAGCAGCAGCAGCAGCAACAGCAGCAGCAGCGUGGAGAACAAGGGAUAGAACAGCCGAACCCCCAGCAGGUCCAGCUGCAGCAACAAUUGCAGCAGCAAUAUACCCAACAGUACCAGCAGCAGCAAGAACAGAAGCAGCAGCAAGAACAGCAGCAGCAACAGCAGCAGCAGCAGCAGCAGCAGCAUCAGCAAGGAAAGAGUUUGGGGGGCUUCCCUGAACCAACCCGCGCUGUCUCUAAAAUACCGUUGCCUCCAGUCAGGCGCCCCAGCAGCAGCAGCAGCAUUUGCUGCCGAGGCCAGCAGCAGCAGCAGCAGCAACCGCAGCAGCAGCAGCAGCGGCAACAGCAGCGGCAAAGGCAGCAAACUACACCUACUGCAGCUGCCUCAAGAGAGGCCUCCAGCAGCAGGCGACGCAGCGCAGCUGCUGUUCCAGCGGGAACGACAGCAGCAGCAGCAGCAGCAGCAACAGCAGCAACAGCAGCAGCACAGCGGAGCAGAAGAAGACUCAGCCAGCAGCCGCCUGCUGCUUCGAGCUCAGCAGCUGCAGCAAACCCAAGGGGGCCCCCCCUUCCUGCUGCUGCAGGGGCCCCUGAAGGGGCCUUCAAAAGGAGCAGCAGCAAACUGGAAGGGACAGCUCUCUCUUCAUAUGAUCAGCGGAAUGAAAGCAGAUACACUUCAACAAACUAUCAAAGCAUCAAUUACAGCUUUAAGGGGGGGCCCCAGGGGGCCCCCUCCCGCCCUGUCUCCUUCUUUAAGUGGCUGGAGCAUGUUGAGCAGCAUGAGCAGCAGCAGAAAGCUUCCAGCAGCAGCAGCAGCAGCAGCAGCAGCAGCAGCAGCAGCAGCUUGACGGCAGUUACUACAGCGGAAGGAGACAUAGGAGACACCAACUUUGCAGAGGAGGGCGACGAAAAUAUUAAUUCGAAUUCUGCUGCUGCUGCUGCAGCAGCAGCAGCAGCAGCAGCAGCAGCAGGAGAAGGCGUAAGUACACCUCACCGCACCUCCUUCAAG